AUGACAAAGUCAAACUCCAUUAUUUGUCAGAUUAAAUACGCCAUUGAGACACAGGAUGCCACGUUUGAUGUCCGAGCCAAAUCGGUUUCGUUUCCGCAGGCUCCAAGAAAAGUCCGAACGCUGACAAAUCUAUCUCAUCAUGCAUUUGCAGAAAUGCUGUGGACCAACAUGGAUAGUCCGGCAGAUGUCCUAGUCACCAGCGACAGAGUUCCCACCAUCAGAGCUCACAGUGGAAGUGGAUCAGGUUCCACGCCAGGAGCCGAGGCAGUGUUGUUCCAAUUAAUGUAUGCAAAACUGGGAUAUCCGAGAGAUCUGGGUGUGUUCUACAAGUCGUCAACGCUUUUGAAUGCCAGUAUAUCUGUUGUUGACGCUGUAGCAAAAAACAUGACUCGACAGUCCAUUCUGGUUUCCAAACGCCAAACAGGCACUGCGAAAGGGCUUCAAAUUGACAAUCGACUACAUAUGAGGCCAUUGGCUGUCUGGGCAAUGGUAGCAAUGUUCUGCCUCCUCGCCAUUAUAUGUUUAAUGCUACUAUGGCUGAAUAAGCCCUUUCAUUGGAUACCUGCCAUGUCAGGCUCCAUAGCUGGUAAUGCAGCCAUCCUGGCCAACAGCCCUCCAGUACAGAGUAUCAUGAAAGACACUGGAAGCCUCCCUAGCGCCAGCCUUACAGAGAGGCUGCGAGGUUUCAAGUUUUCUGCCCCGGCAAACCAAGAUGGACGGUCUCGAAUAACUGCGGUAAUCACGCGCCGGAAUUCCGAUCAACAACAAUUUAAGACUACGACACGUAAGGAGAGUCGGCCAUGGGCACCUCUAGCAGUUCGUCUCCCUGUUAUACUAGCAACAUUUACGGCACCUAUCAUUUGCAUCGCUGUGUUGGAGGUGCUGCAUCGGAUUUUGAGAAAGGAGAAUCACCUGUUGGUAGUCGGGACCAAAGACUCUGCCUUCUUAUCCUAUACAAUCCGUCUUGUCUCAACCUUGGUGGUUUUUAUCGUGGCUACCAUGAUAAAUAACCUUGAUUUCAUUAUCAUCAUCUUCGCCCCAUACUCUAACCUAAGAUCUGGGAGUUCACCAGCCAAGAGAAGCAUUCUGUUCCAUCCUUUAUCUAUGAAUCCUCUUCUUAUUCUUUGGAAGUCCGUUGGCAAUGGACAGCUUGGCGUUACCUCAUCUAAUGUUGCUACGCUCAUCGCUGCGUUUCUCACAAUCGUUACGUCUGGUUUGUGGAUUGCUACCGAGACUCAAGUAAACAACCAGCCAUCAACCGCCUAUGUCACCAAUUGGAAUUUGGGUUGGUUUAACGAUUACUCUCAAGACUCUGGCGCGACUCUUGAACUAAAUCUGAUCCGCAAUCGCGGGGCUGUUACACCACCUACGAUUUGGGAAGAUCUUGUUGUUCCUGGAAUCUCUUUUGGCACCGAUCUCGGAAACACUAGAUAUCCAGACGGCGCAUAUUCUUUUGACGUUAUAGCUCUUCAGCCUGUUCUGAACUGUUCUUUGCUACCACAGUCCGCGAUUUCUACUCCUCUCUGGAUGCACUAUGUAGAGAAGGGUAAAAUGAGCCAGUAUGCGCCAGAGAACGGGACCAUGGUAGCACUUGACCCUCCAAGUAUUGACCAAAGAUGUUCAGUUGCCUCCCAUCAAGGCUCUGCUGAUUUAAGAGUCCAUGCCACCUACAAAACCUCUGACCCAAUCUGGGUAGGCGAAUACGUAAGCCUUUUCAACUCUGCAGCUGGUCAGACCAAUAUAGAUUGCCCAUCCCUUGGAAUAUUUUUCGGCACCGUCAAUAACACUUGGGCCAUGGGAAGGAACCUCACUGGUCUUGUUUGCACUCAAGGCAUAAACAGAAUUCCUGUCAGAAUUGGGUAUGACGAAGACCCCUCUCUCGGACAGAUCAGUACCUUACAGCGACUUGGGGAACCACGCGCUAUCCGCAACGGUACGGAAGGACCGCAAACGUUGGGAUAUAAUCUCAAGAGCUUUGUCGCCUCAAACCUUCCUUACCUCGAGAAAGAUGAUGGACAAUACCAAUACGAUACCUUCUUCAAUCAACUGAUUCGUCGCCCAGGAGGAUAUCGAAGAGAGGAUCUUCUAGGGCCUGGCAACGUUAAGAACCUGAUUAAGGUUGUAACGGCGGAUUAUUGUGAGCUCAUGAGGCAUGUCAUCAAUCGCAAUUUCAGAGCUAGUAACGAAAGCUCUAGUGAUAUACUAAGUGCUUCGGAAAGCAGCUCGACAGAUCCUCAGACCCUAAUAACUGGAUCAUACUCUGCCACGGUAACACACCUCAUUGUCGACCCCACUUCGAAACUUAUUCUCCAAAUACUUCUCGCUACAAUGACUGGGCUUAGCUUUAUUGGAUUUGCGCUAGUAAGAAUUCGUGGGACUCUGCCAAGAGACCCAUGCAGCAUUGGAAGUAGCAUGGCUUUAUUAGCUGGCUCUAACCUUUGCGAUCCCAACGCGCGGGUGAUACCCUCGGGUGGGGAAUAUCUUAGCGAUUCGCAAUUAUCACAAGCACUCGAAGGAUGGGUGUUCAGUUUGGGCUGGUGGCAAAAAGAAGUACCCGAUGACAAUUCGGAGACUUGCGACAGCGGAAGCGCAAAUCAAGAGAGAAAUCUCGAUGAGAGGAUGAUCGAGGUAGAUCAGCGUGACAGGCGAUUCGGUAUAGAUAUUGGGAAGCAAGAUGGGUAA